GUUUCGGAUAAAUCUGUGUCAUACUUUGGUUGCGGGGUAGCGGCCGACCUCAUCCUCCUCCCCGACGUUUCAUCGCAGCAAUACUUCGAUCCCUUUGCAGGUUUUGUUUAUAGACAAAUAGAGAGAUCAAGGGAGGGAGGGAAGAAGGAAAAUUUUGUGGAAGGAAUUAUGGCUCUGAGGCGACUCCUCACCCAGAUAGCAAAACAGAAGUUGGAGCAUCCAUACUUAUAUCAGUUAACUGGUAAAUCUCAUCCUGCUUUAUACUUCGCCGAAGGUAGUGGAGGAAACAGACUUAGAAAUUUUCACCAAAGGUUUCAGUCAAGCUAUGUUGGUAGUUUUGCUCGCAGAGCACGGGAUGUAGAUGGAACCAAUGAUGUUGCACUGCUUAAAGAACUUUACAGAAGUGAUCCAGAAAGAGUUAUUAGACUAUUUGAAAGUCAGCCUUCACUGCAUUCUAACCCUUCAGCGCUUGCGGAGUAUGUUAAAGCAUUAGUUCAAGUUGAUAGGCUGGAUGAAAGCUCCUUGCUCAAGACAUUGCAGAGAGGGAUUGUUAAUUCAGCAAGGGAGGAAGAGAGUAUCAGCAGCAUGCCGGCAUUGAGGAAUGUAGGCCAGAUGACCAAGGAAGGAAUUCUUGGAACUGCAAAUGCCCCUAUUCACAUGGUGACAGCAGAAACUGGUCAAUUUAAAGAGCAAUUAUGGCGUACAUUCCGCACAAUUGCCCUUACCUUUCUUUUGAUAUCUGGUGUUGGAGCACUCAUUGAGGAUAGGGGAAUUAGUAAAGGGCUGGGUCUACAUGAGGAGGUGCAGCCAAGCAUGGAUUCUAGUACAAAAUUUAAUGAUGUAAAGGGCAUUGAUGAGGCUAAGGCUGAACUAGAGGAAAUUGUUCAUUAUCUUCGUGAUCCAAAGCGUUUCACCCGUCUCGGUGGCAAGCUUCCCAAAGGUGUCUUGCUUGUUGGUCCACCCGGGACAGGGAAGACCAUGUUAGCAAGGGCUAUUGCUGGUGAAGCUGGUGUUCCUUUCUUUUCAUGCAGUGGCAGUGAAUUUGAGGAGAUGUUUGUCGGUGUGGGAGCUAGGAGGGUGAGGGAUCUUUUUGCUGCUGCAAAGAAACGAUCCCCCUGCAUAAUUUUCAUAGAUGAGAUUGAUGCAAUAGGUGGGAGCCGCAACCCAAAGGACCAACAGUACAUGAAGAUGACCCUGAAUCAGUUGCUUGUUGAGUUGGAUGGCUUUAAGCAGAAUGAAGGGAUUAUCGUCAUCGCUGCAACCAACUUUCCUGAAUCAUUGGACAAAGCCCUUGUGAGACCCGGACGCUUUGACCGUCACAUUGCUGUUCCUAAUCCAGAUGUAGAGGGCCGAAGGCAGAUCAUGGAAUCCCACAUGUCAAAGGUGUUGAAGGCAGAUGAUGUAGAUCUAAUGAUCAUUGCAAGGGGAACACCUGGGUUCUCUGGUGCUGACCUUGCAAACCUGGUCAACAUUGCUGCCCUUAAGGCUGCUAUGGAUGGGGCCAAAGCUGUGAGCAUGUCUGAUCUGGAGUAUGCCAAGGACAGGAUCAUGAUGGGCAGCGAACGCAAAUCAGCAGUGAUUUCUGAUGAAUCAAGGAGGCUGACAGCUUACCAUGAGGGCGGUCAUGCUCUUGUGGCCAUCCACACCGACGGCGCCCUCCCGGUCCAUAAAGCUACCAUCGUUCCAAGGGGGAUGUCGCUCGGCAUGGUCGCCCAACUGCCGGAAAAGGAUGAGACCAGCAUCUCUCGGAAGCAAAUGCUUGCAAGGCUGGACGUUUGCAUGGGUGGACGGGUGGCUGAAGAACUAAUAUUCGGGGAAAACGAGGUGACUUCUGGUGCUUCCUCUGAUCUCAAACAAGCUACUUAUCUAGCAAGAGCCAUGGUUACAAAGUAUGGUAUGAGCAAGCAGGUGGGUCUUGUUGCACACGACUAUGAUGACAAUGGUAAGAGCAUGAGCACCGAGACAAGGCUGCUUAUUGAGGAGGAGGUGAGGGACUUUCUGGAAAGGGCAUAUAACAAUGCGAAAACUAUAUUGACAACUAACAGUAAAGAGCUGCAUGCCCUCGCCAAUGCUCUUCUCGAGCAUGAGACACUUUCUGGGGCUCAGAUCAAGAAUUUGCUUGCCCAGGUGAACGCCCAGCAGCAGCAGCAAGUUGCGACUGCCCCACAAACAACCACCACCCCUGCUGUGCCAACGGCACCUCCAUCCGCUGCAUCCGCUGCAGCCGCAGCAGCUGCUGCGGCGGCGGCCCAAGCGGCAGCGAAGGCCCAAGGAGUUGCACAGCCUGUGGUGGGAUCUUAGCAGCAAGAAGGUAAUUGGUAGGAUCAACUAUGUAUAGUAAUCUCAAUCGCAGGUUCUAAUAGCUUCUCAAGCAUGAAUAGGUGGAGGAAGGGCUUUCAGAAGAAGAAGAAAAAGGAUAAAAAUGAAGGCAGCUAGCUGCCUGUUGCAAAUCUCAACUCCAUGUAUGUAGGCAUCUAUUUGUUUCUUCCCUAGCUUGCAGGAGAACGCAAGUAGAGACUUAAAGGCAGGGACAUGGACUGUGAAGGUUUUGAAUGACAACAUUGAGACAGGCUUCUCUUUUUUAACUUUUCAUACAAAUAAUGUUAUUGCAAGCUCUUUUAAAUUAAACGGUGGAACUUAACCAAUAGCGCUUUUAGAUUGGGGUAAA